UCUCACUCGAUAAUUAUUCCCGAUAUGCCCUUAUUCCUACCACGUAAAGGAUAAUCACCCAUUUGAGCAAUUUUACCAGUGCAGUAUACGAACAUACUAUUAUUACUCCCAUAUGUAUCUAUUCUUAUACUGUAUCUUAUCUGGCUACAUUCGCUAGCGAAACACUACAAUUCCCAUAUUGACCAUAAUCCGCUCUAUUCAAGACUCUGCCUCCUAGGUAAACGGGUUCCACCACUCAUUACCAGUGCAAUUCGUCUAUAAUCCUUGGCGAUUUAUCUCUCUAUACGUCAAGUGUUUAUGUUUCCUUGUCCAAGCUGAGCAAUUAUCUUCACCAGAUAUGCUAGUCAUCACCUUACCCAUAUCUCAGGUCUUUCAAAAUUAGCAAAAGGUUCAUAUCUAUCAGCGGCGACUAUCUCGUUCUUGGCUUCUGGUAUAUUGAAGUUAAAGAGGCAUGACUGGCUCUUUGUUGGGUUUAGUUAUUCCUCUGAAGGUUCUCCUAAUCUAUGUAUUGGCGUUCCCUCCUUCCUUAUUGUGCCUUUCCCCGAGGAACGUUUGCUCCUUGGAGGCUAUAGUGUCGGUUAAAUUCCUAAGGCAUAACAUCUGUAUACAUGUAUCCUUAGCUCCAGGUUUUUGCAUAGGGUUAUAUGAUCAGCAAAAUACACCAGAAUUGGGUUAUAUGAUCAGCAAAAUACACCAGAAUUGGGUUACGGCCAUAUUUCAGUAGCUAUCAUUGAAUGCGCAAAUCUUUAUCUCCAUUAGAAACCUUUCCUUGGUUUAUACUCAUAAACACCCAGACCUA